AUGACAGAAGAUAACCAACGAAGAAGCCAUACGAAUAAGUGGAUUUUACGAAUAGCACUUGGCACGUUUUUGCUGCUUAUACUUUUGAAUUUGCCAAUUCUUUGUCAAACUCAUGAUCACAGCGAAUCACGAAGUUUCAAAUAUUCCAAAGAAGCUAAUGAAGUGUAUUUACAAAAUCAACAUUCUAUAUAUCAUAACGAAAUUUUGCAUCAAUAUAAACAUGAAGAUAACUAUGACCAUCAACAGAAAUCAGUUUUACCUGACAGGACUUACAAUAAAGUGUUUUUUAGAGCUACUGUAUCUACCUUAAUCAUAUCAGCAGCACCAUUUCUUAUUUUAUUCUUUGUACCUUUAGAUAAUACUAAAGAAUGUGAACCACUAUUAAAAAUAUUAUUAAGUUUUGCAUCUGGUGGUUUAUUAGGAGAUGCAUUUUUACAUUUAAUUCCUCAUGCUUUAGUUCCUCAUACACAUGAAUCUCCUGAAGGAAUACAUUCACAUUCACAUUCUCAUAAUCAAAGUGAAGAAGAAUCAGGACAUGGACAUGAUAUGUCUGUCGGUUUAUGUGUAUUAUUAGGUAUCAUCAUGUUUUUAAUUGUUGAAAAAGCAGUGAGAAUUAUUAAAACUGAUCAUGGUCACGUACAUGUGCAUAAAGUCACAGAAAAGCUAUCAAAAGAAAAUAAAAAUGAUAAAAAACUACUAAAAGAUUCUGAUAAAUCUGAUGUGGUCUCUAAAGAAAAAGAAGCAGAGAGCUCUCAAAGUGAAAUAAAAAUUACUGUUGCUGAUUUUUUACAUAAUUUCACAGAUGGUCUUGCUAUUGGAGCUAGCUAUUUAGCUGGUAAAAAUAUUGGGUAUAUUACCACAUUUACAAUUUUGUUACAUGAAGUACCUCAUGAAAUAGGAGAUUUUGCUAUUUUAAUACAAAGUGGUUAUAGUAAAAGAAAAGUGAUGUUGCAACUAUGUGGAUUCUUCCAUUCACAGCUGGAGGAUUUAUUUAUAUCGCUACAGUUUCUGUAAUACCAGAACUUUUGUCCGAUACUAGUUUUAGACAGUCUGUAAAAGAAAUUAUUGCGCUUCUCUUAGGUGUAUAUAUGAUGGUACUUAUAGCAGAAUAUGAAUAAUUUUGUAUUGUAUUUUUCUGUCAGCAUAUUGUGAUCACUUAAUAAGAAUUUAUUUGACUGCUAUAAUAAGAAUUCAAAAUUAGAGUUUAUAUUUUUACAACAUUGUAAUUAUAUUAUUUAAUGAAUACUAGUAAGUAUUCUAGUAUGUUGUAAAACAAAUACCAGUGAAAAUAAUACUGUAUAACUAUCACAAAUGUUAGCAUUAUGUGGAAAAAAUUUAAUACAUUUUUAAGUAUCAUUCAUGUCAUAAAUAAUUCUUAUUUCAAAAGAAAUGAUACGCAUAUACUCAAACAUUAUACAUAUAUAUAUAUAUUUUUCGCAAAUGUACUACAUCUUUAUUUUUACAUACCAUUUUAUAUCCAACCAUUUUUAUGAACAUUGUCUUGAAAUUUUAUUUAUAUCAUAAAAAAAUAUUUUUUACAUUUAUUUUUUUAUAAAUAAUUUUUAUAUGAAAUAGAUAUGUAAAUUUUAAAUUUACAAAACGUAAGAUAAACAUCGUAUGUUUCCUAUAUAUAAGAAUUAUACUUUUACUAAAAAAUUAUUACUAUUAUCCUUUUAUAUAAAGAGGAAGUAAAAGUUCAUAAAAUUACAUUUAUUUUAUUAUAUUUAAUAACUUUUAUACACAAUAUAGAAUUAUUUUUCCUUUUGCUAAUUCAUAUAAUUCAUCAAAUGAAAUAAAAUAUAUUAUACAUACAUUUUUAAUAAUUUAACUAAAUCUAAAUACUGCAAUAUUUACACUUAUAUUUACACUUAUAUUAUGCUAUCAGACUUUCUAUUUGUUCAAGACAUUUUUUAGCUUCUAUUACACCUUCAUUAUCAUCUCUAGCUUGUGCUAAAUAUUUUCCUUUAUUACAAUUUUUUUUUGCUUCUUCAAACAGUCCUUUUGAAAGAAAUGCAUUUCCCAAAUUGACAUGAAUGAAACCUAAUUCAACCAUAUCCGGUAACUUUUUUCCUACAAAAUAUAAUAAUUCAAUUUGGAGCAAUUCAAACAUAACAAUAUUAUAUUCAUAUUACCUAAUUUUGCGGCUUCAGACAAAUAUUUAAUAGUAUCAUCAUAUUUUUGUAACUUGUAACACACACUUGCUAAAUUAUUCAAUAAAAUAACAGUUUGUUCAUUUUCUUCACCAUUUAUUUUUAUGGAUAUAUCAUAUGCUUGAGUGAAAUAUUCAAAAGCAUUUUUAUAAUCAGAUUGUGAAAAAAGCAUAG